CCGCGUUAUCCCCGUGGAAUCUGGGGACGAGGAGGCGGAGGAGGUAUCGGAGGCAGAAACAGAGCAGCUGGGGUCCAGUUCCGACUCGGAUGAAGAUGAAAGCGGAGAGAAAUGGAUGAAACAGCAGCGGCUGAAGAUGAAAACGGACGGGAAAUGGAUGAAACAGCAUGGACUUCAAAAAUGGAAAAAUAUCUUGGUCUCCCACAGACGCUGAGACGUUCCGCUACAUCCCAGCAGCCACUGGUCUGAUCCCGGGACCUACACGCUAUGCCACCUCCCGAAUCGUUGACCCCAUAUCCAGCUUCGCACUGUUGCUAACGGAUGAAAUCGUGCAGCAUAUUGUGUCCAUGACAAACCUGCAUGGGAAACGCAAAAUCCCAGGCUGGCGAGAUAUAGACGCAGAGGAAUUUCGGGCUUAUGUGGGGCUGCUCGUUUUGUCCGGUGUUUACAGGUCAAAACAUGAAUCAACGAUCAGCCUCUGGAGUGAGAAAUGGGGACGGAGCAUUUUCCGGGCUACGAUGUCCGAGAAGAGGUUUCAACACAUCAGCAGAGCAGUGCGGUUCGAUGACAAGCUAUCCCGCCCCCCACGCCGUGUUGACAAGUUGGCUCCCUUCCGCAAAGUCUGGAAUAUGUGGACGCACCGCCUGGAGAUGCUGUUCAGCCCAGACAGAGAUCUCUGUGUGGAUGAACAACUCGUCGCGUUCAAAGGCAGGUGCAGCUUCAGGCAGUACAUGCCAAAAAAGCCAGCCAAAUAUGGUAUCAAGAUUUGGGCAGCCUGUGAUGUCAAAACAUCCUACGCCUGGAGACUGCAGGUGUACACGGGCAAACCAGCUCCAGAUCGUGUUGAAGUCAACCAGGGGAUGAGGGUGGUCCUGGACAUGACAGAGGGGCUCCAGGGACACGUCGUCACCUGUGAUAAUUUUUUCACUUCCUGUGCACUGGCAGAUGAGCUACUCAAGAGGAAAAUGGCCCUGGUUGGCACAAUUCGCCAAAACAAGCCCGAGCUUCCACCUCAUUUGCUCCAGGCAAAAAAGAGAGCGCUCUUCUCCUCCAUCUUCGCUUUUACGAAGACCCACACACUUGUGUCUUACACGGCCCGACGAGGCAAGAAUGUGCUGCUACUAAGCACAAAACACCGCCGUCAGACGUGA